AUGAGCGCCCAAGCUCAAGCUCAUGAUACUCCGCAAGAUGAGCGUCAGCAGCAGACGCGUGAAACUGCAGGACCAGUGCUUGCGAACGGCAUUUUGCCGAGGGCUGGUGGAGCAGUGCAACAGGAUCUCAAUGAUCGUGCUGGAGCAAAUGGUGGUGUGCCUGUGGACAUGGAGGUUCAGGGGGCGAUGGUCACCGCUUCAGAUAUAAGACGUACUGGAGACGAUCCGCCUGAAACAGUGGCGCCUGCAGCUACGCUGGAGCAGGCUGGGCGAAGGAGUGCCCGGACGAUUCCUGAUGUGGCCAGUGGACCGCUGCAGGCAAAUGGAACGCCGUCCAGACAAUCUAUGCUGUCAACGGAAUUUCUUACGCCGCGCUCGGCGGCGGCGGUGCAUGCGCAGGGAAGCUGGUUGGGGCAGAUGGAAUGGCCACGAUGGAUGAUGAGACUGGGUUCCUACGUGGGACAAGCUACAGCGGCAGACCUCAUUCCAAGCCCCUUGUCCAGUACGAGCUCGCCCCCUGGGGGCGCAGUUUUUACACUCAGGUCGCCACCGAGGCAGCGACCUACUGGAAGACCAGUGACUCCGCCAAGUAGCUCUUCCAUACCUGCAGAGGCGAUACAACAAGAGGUUCAGCGCCAGCUGGGCGACUUACUGGGAAGAUUGGACGAGGCAGAGCGGCAUAAUGCACAGCUGCUCCAGGACCUGGGAAACGCAAGGGAGGAAGCAGAGAGAUGGAGAGUGGGAUCGCUACAGGAGAGGCCAAGCCGAUUACUCUCGAGCCUGCUGGAGGUGUUGGACGUCAGCUACAGGGCCCUACCGAACCACGAGAUGUCGGACAUCAGCUACAGGAGCCUUACUCAGUAUCCCAAGGUCCUACCGAGCCGCGAGAUGUUGGACAUCAAUUACAGGGUUUUCUGCGUGGACUUCUUGGAGGAGCAAGAGGACGUUCUCAAUCUCCACCACCUGCCAGGGAGCCUCAAGGACUGGGUUGAGGUUGCGUCGUCAACAAUGGCGGACAUCUCUGAGCAGUCAGGUGCGUGGUGGCGAGCAGUGAUGAUGGUUGUUGAGAGUGCCUAUGUACGGUGGCUGAAUGCAACCCCAUUGGAGCGACUUGCAGUUGGGCCGGAAGGGACUGAGGAGCUGGUCGGGACGAGAUGGACUCGACUUAAUGCCCGGGUGUCGUCAUUGUUGUUGGUGGCGAUGGGGCCAGAGCUUCGGUCGGACAUGAUCUCGCAGCGGAUAACGCAGAACACACCCAAGAUGAUGUUCAGGGUUUUUACGUGGUACCAACCGGGCGGCUCUGCGGAAAGAGAAGAGGUGUUGCGACGUCUUCAGGUGCCGUAUGAGUUCGUCGAGGCAGCGGGAAACCUACGGGAUAUCCUCAAGGAGGUGCGUGAGUGGCCCAGAUGGCUGGCAAGAUGCACAAAGAUGGGGAUGAUGCCCCCAGACCCGUCAGUGAUGGCGCGUGGGCUGUGCCACUUGUCAGAGAAACAUCUGCAGGGGUCAUCUGACUCUGCGUUCCGGACGGCAAUGCUGCGCACCACGCUGAGACUGGACGGACAGCCGACGCUGGACCAAGUCCGCUCGUACCAGAGGCACAUCCAAGCAGAGCUGGAAAAUCUGGUGGCAGCUCAGCCCGUGUCAGCAUCCACGACAACGGCGCCGAGGGCAAGGGCAGUGGAGGUUACUACGACAUCGCCAACGACAUCUCCGAAGGGAGCCACGAGGACCAAGGACAAGGGUGCUGAGCCGUGCAAGUACUUUGCUAAGCCUACAGGGUGCAAGAGAGGAGACCGCUGUACAUACUCCCACAACAUGCAGCAUAUGGACCGAGAAGUUCGAGCCCGAAAGUGCCUGAAAUGCGGAAGUGAAAGCCAUAGAGCACGGGAGUGCGGCGUGGGAAAGCAGCCACCAAGGCACCACAACAGCUCCAGGUCUGUCCACGCUGUCUACGGCAUCGUCAACUUUGCCGCGCAGCAGGUGAUCCAGAGCCAGUCCACGGCAGCGACGACUGCAGUGGAUGAGGAGGAGUGGACUGCAGCUGAUGAGGUUGUCGUUCAGCUGGCGGGCAACAAAUCCCUGACGAUGUCAUCGGCGUCUACGGCAGCUACUGCGGGAGGACAAACGAUUGUACCACUCGGAGAAUUGGUUAAGACCCUGGGCUACACCCUGAACUGGCUGGAGGACCGCAAGCGAGAGAGGCUUGAGAAUGAGAUGACCCUCACCACGGACAGAGUUGCAAUGGCAGACGUUCCAGGUGAGUGCCUUAGCGGACUGGCUCAGGGUGGUAUUCUUGAAGCCGGGUGGAGAAAUAUGAAAAACAUCGACUACCUGACGAGACCGCAGAAGCGACACCUCUGGGCGGCAAAGAAGUGGAUAGUUCACCUGUGCGCGGGGAAUCCUGGCCAUUAUCAGUUCUUCCAACUGGAUGAAGGAAGUACCGCAGUGCUGGAAUUGGAUGUGGACCGAUGUCGGGGUCAUGAUGUGCUGCGGGAUCCUACGUGGAGACUCCUACUAUGGGGCGCCCUUACAGGUCGCAUUGAUGGUGUGGUGGGAGGACCACCGGGAAGAACGGCGCAACUCUUGAACAUCAAGAAGGGGACCACUAAGGACAUCAAGGCCCUGGGCGUGAUCACAAGGAUGAUGUGGUUGUAUGCGGUCUCUACGGCGGCACGAGAGUCAGGAGCUGGUGGGUUGAACCGUAAACGCCCAGUGGCCUUCGCCCUUGAGCAUCCGGCAGAGAGUGUCAGAGGAUCGCAGUCGAUAUGGAGAACAUCAUUGUGGGCCCAGUUCCGAGCGGAGAUGGAGUUCUCAGAGGUGACGUUCGACCAGGGACUAAUGGGGGCCGAGCACAGAAAUAUUACAACGCUGGGAACCAAUGUCUACUACUUGAUGGGCAUGGACGGGAUCACUUCCGAAGCAGAGGAGGAUCAGCAGCAAUCACGGGGAAGUGACAAUGGAGUUUGGUCACCAG